AUCCAUGCAAAUGUGGUUUUUGCAUCACACAAUUCAUCAUCUGAAUGUGGGUCAUUAGGUUAAAUACCAGUUUUUCUUUGAAAGGGCGUGGAUAUAGAAGGGCAGGUUUUCUUCCAGUCAAAUGAAGACUCUGUGUACAUUUCCCCAGCACAAGAGGGUAUACAUGCUCAGAGACCAUGAAGCUACAACGUGGAUUUGGAACACACCCAGGAAUCAGAUGGGUCCAAGAAUAAAUGUACCCACUGGCACCAAAAUCAGUUCUAGAGCUGUCUACCAAGUGGACAAAAUACUUAAAAGCAACAAUUAUAACAAAAUAAACAGGGAAACUAGAGUAACUUCAAAGUGUACUUUAAUGGACAGAAAAAUAUUUGCUUAACAGAUGGGGCACUGCACAUCCUAGAGCAAUAUAGAGGGAACAUCACAUAAUUUCAAACAUUAAUAUUAAUUAUACGAAAGGACGAAAUGGCUCUUUGUAUAGUCAUUACAUAUUACUGAAAUGCUGUGUCAGCUUAGUAACAUAGAGAAAGGACCAAGAACCUAAAGGGUUCCAAAUUCAUUAGUUUCUUGAUGAACCUUCUGCUGUUUCAUUUAUGGAAUAGACUCAGCCUCCUUCUGUCUGUACUGAGAGAUGUCUACCAGGAUCCAGCAAGAAAGUGAAGGAGGGACAGCCACCUUGCUGCUACGAUUGCAUCCCAUGUGCUGAGGGGAAGAUUGCAAACCAGGAUGAUAUGAAUGACUGUAAUAAAUGCCCAGACAAAGAAUAUCCAAGCAAGAACCGUGAUGGAUGUCUACCCAAGGAUAUCAGCUUCUUGUCUUAUGAAGAACCUUUGGGCAUCAGUUUAGCCUGUUUAUCUCUUUCCCUUUCCUUGAUCACUGCUCUGGUACUAGGUACAUUUAUAAAACACCACGACACACCCAUUGUCAUUGCAAACAACCGAAACCUCACCUAUGCUCUCCUCAUCUCUCUCCUGCUCUGCUUCCUUUGUGCAUUGCUCUUCAUUGGCCGACCUGAGAAGGUGACGUGCCUCCUCCGACAAACAGCUUUUGGCAUCAUCUUCUCAACUGCUGUCUCUUGUGUCCUGGCAAAAACCUUCACGGUGGUUUUGGCCUUCAUGGCUACAAAACCAGAAUCCAGGAUGAGGAAAUGGGUGGGGAAAGGACUAGGCCACUCCAUUCUCCUUUCCUGCUCCACAGUCCAAGUAGGCAUAUGUACUGUGUGGCUGGCAACCUCUCCCCCAUACCCAGAUGUGGACAUGCACUCAAUGACAGAAGAAAUCAUACUAGAAUGUAAUGAGGGGAGUGUGGCAAUGUUUUACUGUGUCCUCAUCUAUAUGAGCUGCCUGGCAACUGUGAGUUUUGUUGUGGCUUUCCUCGCCAGGAAAUUACCGGACAGUUUCAACGAAGCCAAGUUUAUCACUUUUAGCAUGUUGGUCUUCUGCAGUGUUUGGCUGUCCUUUAUUCCCUCCUACCUGAGCACCAAGGGAAAAUAUAUGGUAGCUGUGGAGAUCUUCUCCAUCUUAGCCUCUGGUGGUGGGCUGCUGGGCUGCAUCUUUUCCCCCAAAUGUUAUAUAAUCAUUCUGAUGCCUGAGCUGAACAAUAGGGAACAGCUAAUAAGGAAGAAAAAUUAAGGAAAUAAUAACUGUC